AUGAGUACUAAUGGAUCGACUGUAAAUGAUCUAUAUAUUAAUAAAGUAAAUAACGAAGAGAAAAUAAUAAAUAGACAAAGCAGUUCUUUGGCUGAAAAUAUUAUGAAAUGUAAUGACGAUCAAUUAAAAGUGGCAUGCUCGAAAAAUAAAAAGGAUCAUAAAAUUUCACGUAUAGAAACAUUUUCUCAUAAAUAUUAUGAAAGAGAACAUAUAAAAAUACGGAAAGAUUAUUAUACUAUUAAAAGUGAUGCUACAGUAACAUCCAUGAAUAGCAACAUAAAUAGAGAGAAUUGUGCCAACCAAGGCACUAGUGACGAAUGGGUGAAUGAUCACGAAAAUAAUAACACUGUUAGUAAUCAUGACUAUAACAAUAAAAUCGAGUAUGGUGAUACAAUACAUUAUAGCAGCAUAUCCAGUGAAGCUAUUAACAAUACAUUUAGUGAUAUUGAUGAGGAUAUAUAUAAUGAUAAUAAUAAUGAAAAAGAAAAUGAGAUGCAUAGCACCAAAAUCGAUUGUAUAUUAAAUCAAACCAAGGAAAACGAAGAUAAAAAUAUAAUAAAAUUCACGGAAGAAAAUAAUUUAUGUAAUAAUACCACCAUAAACAAAACAUGCUCUAAUAUCGAUGAACAAAGCAUACAAAAUACCGAGCCGGAUAAUGGGGUAACGAAAAAGGGGGAUGAUUCAGAAGGAGAAAGCUGGAUUGAAAUUGGAAAAUCUUUCAACUUUUGGGAUGCACUAACAAAUAAUUUUAAAAAUAUAUUUUUACCAAAAAGGGAGGACGCUAAUAUAGAUGGAAAUGUCUCUGAUAAGAAUGACAAGGAAGUCAAAGAAACAGAAAUAUAUAAAAAAGUAAAGAAAAACCUAAAUAAAGUAGAUAAAAUAAAUGAGGUAGACAAAAUGAAUGAAAUAUGCACAAAUAAAGGAAACCACCGCAAUGGGAAUUCAUUUCCAUUAUCUACAGAUUCUUAUGUAAAAUGUUUAAAUUAUUUAACUUUAGAAAAAAUAUUAGAAUUUGAAUUAAUAAAUAAAUUAACGAGCAAUGUAAUAAAUAAUAGAAUAAAUGUAUUUACAUAUAUUAAGAGAUUAAAUCUAGAUGAAAAAUGGGCUAAAUUGCCAAUAUAUAAAAGACAAUAUUAUUUGCAUCAAAUGAAAAAUGUUAAGCAUCUAAAUACAUCCGAUAAAAUAUACUCACCAAAUGGUAUAUACAUACAUGAAGUAGCAGCAAUUAUAUUUCAAAAUGUAUCAAAUUUAAAAACAUUAGAAUUAUUAUCACCUGAAUAUUUUAUGAGUGAUAAUACACCUAUACAUGAACCAUUUGCAUUAUGUCCAUGCGUAUUUGCAAAAUUAGAAAAAUUAACGAUUAUUGGUUGUCAAACAUUAGAAUGGUUACAUAUAUUUCGUAAUUGUUCAUUCCCAUUAUUAAAAAAAUUUGAAGUAUGCUAUUAUCCUUUACACCACGAUCAUUGGACAUGGAAAUUUGUAUUUGAUUUUACAGCAUUAGGGUUAAAAGGAUUAUAUAAUAUACUAUAUACAAUGGAGAAUUUACAAAAAUUAACCAUAGGAUUUGAUGUAUUAUUUGAUAAUAUAGAUGGUUAUAUAUUUAAUCCUUUAGAAAGCCAUAGAAAUAUAUUACAAGAAAAUAAUAUUCCGAAUAAUAAUAUUAGAUAUAGUAAUACAUUAUCUGUUCCGGUAGCUAAUGGGAAUCCGUCUAGAAAAUAUAAAAGUUAUAGAGGUAAAUUAUGUGAAGAAGAUUUUAGUGAUAUUUUUACUAUUGCUUAUUAUGUAUCUGGUAAAUCUGGAAAAUUAAAAAGAGUUAUGAUAAAAUAUAGAGAUUCAAAUGAUAAAUAUGAUGAUGAUUAUGCUGAAAAUGAAGAUACGAUUAAUGAAAUUAUUUCAGAAGCUACAAAUACCGCUUCUUCUUAUUAUAACUAUGUUUUUAAUUGGUUUCGAUCAUCCGAUGAUUCAACUUCAAGAAAUUCUAUAAAUUAA